GAUUUUCAGGUGUAGGAAAAUUUCGAAACAUGAAAAUUUCAAAAUGCGAUAUCUCUGCGAAAAAAAAUGAUAUUUGAGCAAACAAAACGCCAUUUGAAAAAAGAAGGAUUGUAUUUAAAGAUGCCAUCCUUUAAUUUUGGUGAAAGAAAACAUCUGCAAGGCUACAUAACCUCAAAUAUGGGCAAAAAUGGGGUUUUUUGCACUUUUAGGUUAGGAUAUCUCGAAAACUCAAACUAAUAAAUUAAUUUGAGUUAUCAAUCCGAAUUUUGCAUGGACAGAGAAGCAGAUAUUAGUUUAAAUUAUUUCGGAUACUUUUCCUUGUAGACUAGUGUAAUUGAUUCAAAAAUAGCGCAAUAUAAACAACUUGUUACUAUCAACUGAGCUCAGGUGUACCUGCAUUGUGCUUAAAAUUCGAGUGGUUCUUCUCUGGUAUAAGCCAUACAAUGCGGAGUUCAUUGAAAAUUUUACGAUUAAAAAAACCAAUCAAACUUUUUUACAGCGAUCACUGCUAGCCAGGCAAACACAAAACUCCGAACGUAUUUCUGCUAUAAAAAAGCUUAUAAUAAAAAAGCCAUCUAUCGUUUGGAGACAGUUGUUUGGAAGCUCAUGCGUUUCAGUUCUCAUUUUUCGCUUCGAAUUGUGACGUCUUGCCUUGAAAGCUACAAAAAUAGCGAUUUGGCUAACUUGUUUUCAAUAAUUUCAUAUUCAUUUGGUUUUUAUUUCUCGCGCUCUAGCUAAAAAAACUGUUUCACCACCCUUCAACCUCUAUCUUAACUCGUCUUUAGUUUCAUUCUAUUCAAAUACUUUACUUUCGCGUUGUCAUUUUAUUAUUCCAUGUAAGGUUACAAAAAUUGAACUGCUCUGACACUGGCUGUGUGAACCCACCUGUUGACAAAUGAUAUUUAAAAUUUGUAAUAAGUAAAAUUACAACCCUGCUUGUGAACCAAAGUUGCGCACUCAUUCUUCUUCGUUCUAUUCUAUUUUUCAUUUGCAUACGAUCAGUCGAGGAACGAAGAAGAAGGGGUGCAAAACUGCGAAUAAACCGUUCUUUGCCAUUGAGUUAGUAGCAAACCCCUUUCAUCUCAUCGUAGCCGCGACAUCUUUAUUCGCAGUUUUGAUUAUUUGCGAUUAACUGCGUAUUUUUCCCUGCCGUAAAAGAGUGAAAGUUUGGGGCCGUUUAAAUGAAUGAUCCGGAGGAAACCAUAGAAAAACGCCGCAGUCCUCGGCUCAACAAAUUAGAACCAGAGUCAGGUGAAGUUCAGCCUAAUUCCACCGCCAUCAUAAUCGACGCCGCCUCCGCCGCCACCACGCAUACCAACGCCACAACUGCUGCCAGCACGUAUACAAACGUCACAAAUACCGCCCUCUCAUCAGAAUCCGUAAGUUUAAGAUUGGAAAUGAAGAAUCAAAUCGCCACUCUUCAAAGACAACUAGAAGGAGCACAGGUAAGAUUAAGUGAACAAAACCGCCACUGCCAAAGGCUAGAGAUUGCUUUGCGUAGCUCAGGUCAUUUAGAUAGUGCUACAUCCACCGCCACGACAACAACAAUACCCGUCGUUGCGUCAUCGUUAGCACCCGCUAUAGGUGCUCCGUUAUAUGAAUUCCCAAAUUUUUCAUGUACUUCACGUAUGCAAAAAUUGUCGGUUAACGCAACAACAAAUAACAUCACGCCAUCGACCAUAAACAGUUAUGCACAUUUUGCGACGUCGACUAUCACGAGCAGCGCUGCCAUGCUGCCAGGCCAGCAAGCCGCUGAAAACGGUGGUAGUUUUUUUUCGCUGCCGUCGUUAACUGCGAGCGCCGUCUUUGCGCCAACGUAUUCAAUAAAGGGCCAAACACACGCUACACUAGGUAAUUCUGGCGUGCCGUUUACAUCGUCGUCGAUAAUUUCGCCCCCUGUUUUUAAUAAUUAUAACAGUAUUGUUCAUGGUCCUAUGCCAACAAAUGACUUAAACAAUUUUUCAUUUUUAAACAAUUCUGCAACAGUACCACGGAAGUUGCAAGAUUUACCCGAAUUUAGCGGCGAGCCAGAAGACUGGCCAAUUUUUUAUACAGCCUACGUCCAAUCGACUUCAAUGUACAACUACACUAAUCUGGAAAACAAUCAACGGUUGCAGAAAGCUGUUAAAGGAGAAGCGCGGGAAGUGAUUAAAUCGCUUUUAAUUCAUCCAGACAACGCCAGCGCCGCCAUAGAGCAACUCCGUUUUCGCUUUGGCCGACCCGAACAAUUAAUUCAGAGUCAGCUACGUCAAGCGAGGGAUUUGCCUAAUAUUUCGGAGAAUGCAUUGUCCAAACUGGUACCCUUUGCCACUAAAGUGAGAAACCUAGCAACAUUCUUACAGUCAGCGAAUGGACAACAACACAUCGCCAAUCCUACGCUAUUGGAGGAACUAUUAGCUAAGCUUCCUAUGAGUAAGAAACUGGAGUGGGCCAGAGUCGCCGCCUCAAUACAGCCGUAUCCGACAAUUGUACAUUUUAGCGCUUGGGUAAGUGAACUUGCUAAUCUGAUAUGCACAGUGCAAGACAUCGACAAUAAAGAUCAAAAGCGUCGUGCGGUGUUACAUACAUCCGAAAAACAGUGUCCAGGUUAUGCAGGUGUAACUUCCGUUAAGUGUCCAUUAUGCCAGGAGCAACAUAAACUGCAAGAUUGCCGUCGUUUUUUAAAUGCUGCAGUGUCUAAUAGAUGGGAGUUCGCGAAGAAACAUCGCGCUUGUUUUUCAUGCUUGAACGUGGGCCAUAACACGCGUAACUGUCGCCGUAAAAAGCUUUGUUUAGAAGAAGGAUGCCAGCGUAGACACCACAGUUUAUUGCACGAGGCCAAUGCUAUUACGCCGACCUUAAGUUUAUUAAAGGAAGAACAAGGUGACGUACGAGGAAACGUGUUGAGCUGCGCAAACGUUAGCAGCACUAAGCCCAAGCUGCUCUUUCGUGUGCUGCCGGUAACCUUGUAUGGCGAUAAUAAGCGCAUCGAUACGUACGCCCUAUUGGAUGAAGGUUCUUCAAUUACGAUGUUAGACAGUGAUUUGGCCAAGGAGUUGGGAAUACGCGGCCGUCGACAUUCGUUAGAUAUACAAUGGUUUGGAGGAAGAACAGCCCAAGAGUCGACUGAGGUUUUCAAUAUUGAAAUUAGCGGUGUUGGUAAAAAUAAGCGCUACCUACUGCGCGACGUGUAUGCCGUAGCUAAUCUAGGUUUGCCCAUGCAGAGUUUAAGUCAUGAUGAUUUAAAGAGCAGUGACAAAUCAAUUUCGUCUCUGCCUCUCCAGCCAUAUUUUGAUGCUGUGCCUCAACUUUUAAUUGGAAUCGAUCAUGCACACUUAGGCUUGCCGAUUGACAUAAAAGGGAUUAGUGAGCAAGGUCCGUACGCUUGCAACACUAAACUAGGGUGGGUAGUUUUUGGUCCAACCAGUCGUGCGUCGUUAGCAACCCGCUCUUGUCUUUUUUUACGUACCCAAGAAAUGCAAGAAGAAGAAGACAUGCGUCAACUUGUGUUCGACUAUUUCAAUAUUGAAAGUCUUGGCGUUAGAUCUUCGCCACCUGUCGAAAGCAAUGAUGACGUCAGAGCUAAGAUGUUACUUGAAGGCACAACUAAACGAGUGGGAGGUCGAUUUCAAACAGGGCUAUUAUGGAAGGACGACAGCAUACAACUGCCAGAUAAUUAUACGGCUGCUCUACAUAGGCUUGAAGGGAUUGAGAGAAAGAUGAAACGCGACGAAACGUUCGCAACCGCGUACAAAGAGAUCAUUGAUGGGUACCUAAGUAAAGGCUAUGCUCGAAAGCUUACGCCCAAGAAAUCGAGUAUGACUUCAUCCAGGAAAUGGUACCUCCCACACUUCGGUGUCGUCAACCCAAAUAAACCUCAAAAAUUACGCCUUGUUUUUGACGCAGCGUCUCGAUUUGAAGGGGUAUCUCUGAACUCCAAGUUAUUGAAGGGACCACAGCUCUACAUAUCACUACCUUCGAUUUUAUUUAAUUUUAGAACGCGUGCAGUUGCAGUUUGCGGAGAUAUUAAAGAGAUGUUCCACCAGGUAGCUAUACAGCCAGUAGACAGGUGUGCACAGCGUUUUCUUUGGCGUGAUGGCGAAAAUACUAAGCCACCUGAGGAGUACGAGAUGCGAGUGAUGAUUUUCGGCGCCGCGUGCUCGCCUUGCUCGGCGCAAUAUGUCAUGAGGCUGAACGCCAAGGAGCACCACGAAAGUCAUCCUCGUGCAAUUAAAGCUAUUUUUGAUCAUCAUUAUAUUGAUGAUUUUGUUGACAGUUUUGAUGGAAUUGAAGAGGCCGUAGAUAUCUCAAAGCAGGUUCGUGACAUUCACAGCGAUGGUGGAUUCGAGUUACGUGGAUUCGUAUCGAACUCAGAGAAGGUAGUUAAAGAAUUAAAUGGUAGUACGGCAACGAAACAGAUCGCAGUCGCUGAGAGCACAGAGAAGGUUCUUGGGUUAUAUUGGGAGUCAGCAACUGAUAAUUUUAAAUUCAACCUGAAGUUCCAUCGCAUUGAACAAGCAGUAAUCACAGGCGAAAGGAGUCCCACAAAAAGGGAACUUCUUAGUAUUAUUAUGUCAAUAUUCGACCCGUUGGGAUUUUUAAGUCACUUUACUGUUGCAGCCAAAUCUCUUAUGCGUGAAGUAUGGCGUCGUGAUGUCCGUUGGGAUGAGCCCAUCCCAAAUGAUGUGAAUAUAAUAUGGGAAAGGUGGCGCCAGCAGUUGCACAAAGUAGCGGGAUUUCGUGUGCCGCGAUUCUACUUCCCACAUGGCGCGCCUUCGGAUUUGGAGCUGCAUGUGUUCGUUGACGCUAGCGAAGAGGCCUUCGCUGCUGUCGCCUACUGGAGGUCAAGAGAGUCGACUGGUGAAGUUGGUGUUACGUUAGUUUGUGCGAAGACGAAGUGCGCUCCACUGAAGGCCGUAACCAUUCCACGCCUGGAAUUGCAAGCAGCCGUCCUGGGUGUACGUUUACGGAAAUUGAUAUUGGAAAAUCACCAAAUACGCCCUGAACGAUGCUUCUUAUGGAGCGACUCCAGAACUAUCUUGAAGUGGAUUGGAAGCGAACAUCGAUGCUACAAACCGUAUGUGGCGCACCGCGUUGCAGAGAUUUUAGAUGGGAGUGAAGUUCGCGAAUGGCGAUGGGUGCCAACGAAAGACAAUGCAGCCGAUGAUGCGACAAGAAGCCAUGGGAGUGUUGAUUUCUCACUAAAAUCUCGCUGGCUACAGGGACCGAAUUUUCUGAGACGCGAUGAAGAGACGUGGCCUGCUGAAGAAAACAUCAGCAAGAUCUUUGUGGAAGCAGAUGAAGAGCUCCGUUCUAAAUUUUCUUUAAUUGCCAACAACUAUAUUUUUAUAGAUUACAAUCGUUUCUCAAAUUUACUUAGAUUAAAAAGAGCAGUAGCGUGGGUGCUUCGAUUCAUAAACCGCUGCCGUAAACGGGAGCUAAAAUAUCUGGAAUAUGGACUUACUGCUGUUGAACUGGAAGCCGCGGAGCACCUAUUAUGCCUACGCGUUCAAUCGGAAUCAUUUACUUCAGAACGCAACAGUAUCGAAAUUGGUAAAGCCAUUCCAAAUGACAGCGCAUUAAAGCAACUUUCGCCAUAUCUGGACGACAGGGGGCUACUUCGUGUACAAGGGCGCAUAGAUGCAGCUAGCUUCUUACCGUAUAACAUCAGAAGACCGAUCAUACUGCCGUAUGGACAUAUAUUUACGCAUCUGGUCGUUAAUUAUCACCAUUGCACAAUGAAGCACCAGAAUCACGAGGCGACUAUAAGCAAUAUACGUCAGAAAUACUGGAUUCCCCGAAUAAGGCAAAUGCUACGACGUGUAAUAGCCGGAUGUAAAUAUUGUCAAGUCAGGAAGACAGAACCUCACGCGCCUAUGAUGGGUCCUCUACCAGAAGAUCGUUUGAAGCCCUAUGUACGACCAUUUACUUAUACGGGACUGGACUAUUUUGGGCCUAUUUCGGUUACUAUCGGGCGGCGAACUGAAAAGCGUUGGGUCGCGUUGUUUACGUGCCUCACCGUGCGCGCAAUCCACCUGGAAAUCGCCCACGACUUAUCAACGGAUUCCUGUAUAAUAGUUAUGCGCAACUUCAUGAAUCGGAGAGGGGUUCCAACACGUCUACGAUCUGACAAUGGGAAAAACUUCAUCGGGGCCAACGAAGAAGCGAAACGUUUUCCUGAUGUUUUUGACACUGAGCGAAUACAAAAUGAAUUGUCAACCAAGGGAGUUGAAUGGUUCUUCAACUGCCCCGCCAAUCCAUCUGAAGGAGGAAUUUGGGAAAGAAUGGUGCAGAGCGUUAAAAGGGUUCUUCGACAUUCAUUAAAAGAAAAAGCGCCACGUGAGCAUGUUUUACAAAGCUUUCUGAUAGAAGCGGAAAACAUAGUAAACUCACGUCCAUUGACGCAUCUGCCCAUCUCUCCCGACGAAGACGAGCCAUUAACGCCUAACCACUUCCUGAUUGGCGUGGGUAAUAUCCCUAAAACUCCAACGGCCAACUCUCCUGGUGAAAAGAUACCUUUAUUACGCAAGCAAUGGCUCAUUGCACGAAGCCUAAGAGAUGCAUUUUGGAAGCGAUGGGUACUGGAGUAUCUACCAACGCUAACCCGAAGAGUUAAGUGGUGUGAACGAACCGCGCCUCUUAAAGAGGGUGAUGUAGUAUUUAUUUGCGAUCCGAAUGUGCCAAGGAUUCAGUGGCGACGUGGUAUUGUUGAGCGUGUGUACACUGGCGAAGAUGGUGUGGCUCGGCGUGCGGACGUGCGUACGGUUGGUGGACUUCUGCAACGAGCGGUAUCUAAAUUGGCAGUCCUGGAUCUGGAAAGUGGUGAAGCUGAUCGCUCCACGGGGGUGGGGGUGUUGACAAAUGAUAUUUAAAAUUUGUAAUAAGUAAAAUUACAACCCUGCUUGUGAACCAAAGUUGCGCACUCAUUCUUCUUCGUUCUAUUCUAUUUUUCAUUUGCAUACGAUCAGUCGAGGAACGAAGAAGAAGGGGUGCAAAACUGCGGUAAGUUUCUAUAUUUUAUUAAAAUACAAAGUGUACAAUAUUGAAUUAAAUUUCAGAAUAAACCGUUCUUUGCCAUUGAGUUAGUAGCAAACCCCUUUCAUCUCAUCGUAGCCGCGACACCACCUUUAGUUUUCAUGAUUUUUGCUUUUACAUAAUGCAUGUAUAUCUAUACAAGUCAUAAUUAUAAUAAUAAGCACUCACGUUGGAGAGAACACCACAGAAGGUAACGACAUCCGUGAACCGCUAUCCUGCUCUCAGUGAAUUUGACAGAAUCAGCUGAUUUGCUGACGUAAUAAUUGAAUAUCUGUAUUCAUUCUAUUGUUGUAUUGUUUUCCAUUUUUAUUGUUGUUCACGAGCGGAUUUCCCCUACACCUCCAUUUCCUUUCUGUUUAUUCAAUUGUUUCGCCACAACCAGAAACUCACGUAUAUUGCAAUCCGUUAAUCUACAUGCAUUUUGCAUUGAAAGGAAAAAAAAAUUAAAGCUCGUUACUGCUUGUAAACUCACCCUUAGUUUCAUGAGGUUUAGUGCUCAUUCCAUUCUCUCUCUUUGAAAACUUGAAAAACAAAAAACAAUUGCAAUUUGCUCAGCCUGUGUCACUGAGUGUAAACUCGUAUUUAGUUUUCAUUAUUUUUACAUUUUUUUGUUCUCAUUCACACUCUCUCUCUUUUGUCCAGCCUCCUUACGUUCUUUGGUUUCCAUUCUCGCUCCCACUCUCACUAUUUUUAACUUUGCUUUGAAAUUUUCACUGUAUGUAAACUCGCCCUUAUUUUUCGUGAUUUGCUUUAAAAUGUUCACUGUAGGGUGAGUCCCUUAUUUUUCAUAAUUUUUUUUUUUUUAAAUACUUGAAAAAUCUAACUAAAUAAAAAGAAAUAAGUAUAAAUUACAUUUUUUUUAGUUUUCGUAGAGAAAAUUUAAAAUGAUUAUUAAUUUUACACAUUCCACCUUCCUGUGUUAACUUUCAUGUUCUUAAUUAGUCGCAUUCAUUGCUAACUGAUGAUUUAGUAUAAAAACAAUGCCAAUAAUAAGCUCCCCCUAUAAACUAAACGAUAGAAACACAGGUAUAUUUAUAUAUAGACAUACAUUAUGUAUGUGAGGCAUUCUGUUAUUCACAGCACAAUUGACGCUUGGCUGACAGCUUCUAAGUACAAAAUCUUUUUCGUAUAACCAGCCGACAAGAUUAGCGAGUCUUGCGAAUGUCGGAACACAAUUUUGAAAAUACAAAAACAAAGCAUGUAUUUAAAAAUUUAUUAUAUAUAAAAUAAAAAAUGAAAAAAAAUAAGAAGAAAAAAUAAAAUAAUAAUAAGAAAAAAUAAAAUAAUAAUAAGAAAAAAUAAAAUAAUAAUAAGAAAAAAUAAAAUAAUAAUAAGAAAACAUAAAAUAAUAAUAAGAAAAAAUAAAAUAAUAAUAAGAAAAAAUAAAAUAAUAAUAAGAAAAAAUAAAAAUAAUAUUAAAAAAAAUGUUUGCUGACAAAAACGUAAAUUCACCGCAGUGUGUUUUUUUCUCCUGUUUUCCCCUUUUGUUGACUCUUGCUUAUUUGGUACAUUGGAUGACUAACUAAACCGCGCUGUGACUAUUUUUAGCCACAUACCGUGCCGAUGCUGGCCGCAGAUAUCUUCAUUUGCAGAAAAAAAUUAAUACAAAAAGAAUACAAUACUGAAUAAUAUUUGAACAGCGGCUGUAGCAGAUUGCAGCGGUCGCUGCAGUGUCAACCAACUGUCAGCCAGGCAGGCAGGCUGGCAGGCAAACAAGCGCUUGCAUUUGUGUGCGUGCAAACUUUGCCAACAGAUGGCCGUGCAGGGCGUAUACGUUACAUGGACGGACGGUGACAUUGCACUCGUUGAGUUUUUGACUUGCCGUGCAGUUGGCUAUACAUAUUUACAUAAAUAUUGUACAUACAUAUUUGCACAUAAACCGUUAUUUGUGUUAUUAUAGGCCGACUCUUGUCUUAUCAGUAGAUUUCGGUAAUGUUUAAAUCCGCUCAGUUUUUGUUGGUGGUUUUCCUGUUGUUCGGUGUACUUAAGCAAAUAUACAUUUUUUCAUGCAAAGCUAAGUAGACAGAUAGCUAAAUUUUAUGGACGUUUUUAAAUUUAAUUAAAAAAAAUUCACAUAAAAAUAUUCCACUGAAAAUUUUCCUACCUAUGAAAUGUCUAAAUCGAUUAGUUAUUAGUUUGUGAAAUCACACAAAAUCAUCCCAUUAAUAGAUGAUCUGGCAGGCCGCAGCUGCUGCUUGUUUGCUGGCUGACGAGUUGUUUAUUUGUGACAUUGAUGUGUUUGGCUUUGCAUAGCGGAAAGCGAUACGUCAUAAUGGCCAUUAGAGAAAAAUGUGACAAAUGGUGAAAUCAUUUUGCUUUAUCGACCAAUGUAACAUAACCACGAAAAAAUUAAAAUAAUGUGCUUUGGUUUUGUAAUGCAGUUGGUUGAAUGGCUGCAAUCAGCGGUAGUUGUGAAACAAAGGUAAUAAAAAUCUGAGAGUCACCUGCAUUCAACAUUGCCAUUGACUAUACCUUUGCUUUCUUGUUACAAAAUUCACAAAUAAAUGAAAAAUAAAAAGAUACCAUUUAAAAAAAAAAUAAACGUAAAAAAUUUACAAAUAAAAUUUGCCAGUGUUGUCGCAGUAUAAAUAUUCCUCAUAAGCGUUUGGGGAAUGCUGGUGGAGUGGCGUCGACAACAUAGAACCGAUUGUUGUUGUUGAUGUAGCAGUUCACUAAGCCCUGCUAGUGCGGUGUAGUCACCGAUCGUCAUCGUUGUAAUGUUGUAAACAUUUGAAAAAAAAAAAACAAAAAAAAAAAGGUGAGUAAUAAUGAAUAAUCAUAUUCAUAUGUAGGAGUAAGGAAAGCAAAAUUAAUAUAGUAAAAUAAAGUAGAAUAAAAAAAGAAAUCACAAUAUGAGACGAAUUUUGAAAUAAAAUAAAAUAAAAUAAAUUGAAGUGAAAUAAAAUGUGCCAACUGAUUGAAAUAGGCGUCGAGAAAACCCAUUGCCGAAAAAAAAUCUUCUUAUAUUAAUGUAAUUAGUGUCGCUUGACAUUUGAUAUAAUAACACGUUUGUAAGAGAAGAACAAGAGUACUCACAGCUUCUCUCUUUAAAGCUUACAUUUUUACAAAGUAUUUGCCUAAAUUUGAAAGCUUUGUUUUGUCUUUUUACGUCACUGUUUAGAUCCCUUUUGGCAUUUUAUUGUUGUUAAUUUGUUUUGUUUUUUGGAAAAUAAUCCGAAAUUCGUUUUUAGAAGAAAACCUAAUUUUUCUACGAAAAAUUUCAGCUUAAAUUUUUUUUGUAUGUGCAUAUAUGUACACAUAAAUACAUAUACACAGUGUCGUUCACAAGAAUAGCAGCGCAUCAUAGGUUUUUUGACCAUUUAUUUAUUUUUAUUUGUUAUAAUUUUUUAUUUAUUUAUUAUUCAUACUACACCAAAAACCAGUCAACUCAAUUACCAGUUUUUUUUAUAGAAAUUUGAUUUUUUUUUUUUUUUUUAAUUUCAAACUGUUUUUUUAAAUUUCACGCUUUUUUGUUAGAAUCUUUGGAUAAAUUUGGGUAUGCAGUUUGCACCUCAUUAAAUUUUGUUAUAAUACUGUGCCAGUUUAAAGAAGCUCAACAUUCGCAUUGGUUUUUUAUAAUUAAUUUUUUGUUGGCGGUGUAAUGCAUUUUCUUCCGUAUAACAAAGCUCGAAUAUUUUCCAUACGGAAAAUCUAUGUGAUUUUUUUAGCCACUUCAAACUUGCACUUUAUUUGCACCGAAAUUUAAUCGGCUAUAAAAUGCAGACUCGAAAAUUUUUAGAAUUUUUUAAAUUUAAUGAAAAUUUGUGGAAGAAGUUUUAUUAUACUUUAAUUUACGAAGUUUUUGUUCUAGUGUAAUUUAUAACUUUAUAAAAAUAUUAAAUAAAGCAUAAAUAAAACUCUAAGCUUUGCAACUGCCUCGCUGCUAUUAUUGUGAGCGCCACGGUACAUAUUGCCUCUUCUACAAUUAAGUUAUUUUUUAUUUUACUACUAUUUAUUGCCUGCCUGCGUUUAUAUUAUUUUGCUUUGUGCCGAUUUGGCGUAGUCGUUUCGUCGUGCUAUACAACAAAUUAAAUUCGUGUGUUCUAUUAGCUUACAACGAAUGAUUUGUUUUUGUGUAGCAGCACAGUCGUACAUUGUUAUUGAUGCAUCUCAUAUUCUACAAGUUUAUACAUAUACAUACAUACAUAUAUAUAUAUUGUUGCUUUUGCCGAUCUUUUUUAGCAUUAUUUGAGCGCAAGCUUUCCAAUGUUGUUGACAUAUUUGUUGUUGCAUACGCUAUGAAAAAUUUGGCGAGCAACUGAGUAUUGGUUAUGUAUGAGUGUGUUGAGAGAGAAGAGAUAUUUUUAUUACCGUUCCAAGCUUGCUGCUAUCUAACACUAUGUUGAUUUGGUGCUCUGGACUCUUGGUAAUUGUUUCAAUUUGCUUGUCUUGUUUUUCGUUUGUUGUUUUUUUGUAGUGUUGUUUGCUAUUGAAUUUUUCAAUAUUGCUGUAUGACCGUAUUUGUGACUCAGCGAUUUCUAAUGUGUAUUACUAGUUUUGCAAUAACGUUGGUUCUGAUCUUUUGCAUUUUUUUGUAUAUUUUUUUAGUACUUUUUACGCUCAUUCACUCAUAUUAACUGUGUAAAAUAUCACAACAUGCGGCAAAUUUCUUCUUUUCUCUAACGAAUCGGAGCUUAGACUUUGCCAAAAGCAUACUUCUUUUCACUCUUCGCUUUUGUUUUGCGAGUCCCACACUCUUGCAAUAUUUUAUUUUGCACUCGUUUAAUACGUUUUUACUCUUGUUGCGCUCUUUAUAUACAUAAGUUUGUUAGCGUCUGCGUUUUACGUUUAUACAAUCGACGUUUACCUCAACAUUUAUGUAUUAGACUUCAGCUGAGUUAGGAAAACCCAUCAACAGCCGGCACCACAUGCUCGCUUUGCAUUUGACUCUUUACGAACGCUUUUAAAUAACACUUUCUCUCAACCCGUGUGCGCUCUUAAUGCAUCUUUUACUCACAUUGGUACUUUUUCUUAUUUUUUAAUUAAUUUGUAUUGUAUCGGUGCGAUACUUUAACAUACACAUUUUUAUAUGUACUUUAUACUUUCUUUUGGCUCUCACACAAACUUACGCGUAGAGAAACACAAAACAACACGGACUGCCAAUCGUAUUCGUAAUCUAACAUAAACAGCAACAAUUUUAAAACGACUAUCAAAAGCGUCGCAACACAUUUACUACUUAGUUGUUGUUCUUGAUAUUUUUCAUUGCCUCGUUUCGUAGGCGCUUUUCUCGGUGCCGUACUCGUUGCUUGCGCGACUACGACGGCGGUGGCAGCGGCAGCGGCGGCGACGUCGUCAACAAAACAAAACCAACCUUGUGCUGAGUACCACCACCUCUCGUACGGUAUCGUAUCGCAUCGCAUGGCAUCGCUGUGUUGUUGUCGACAUCGUCGCCGAAGUCGGUAAUCGACAGCGUUGAGGCAGACCAGGCCAGGCCAGCCAGUGCCGACCAGUUAAACCCAGCCGCAUACAUUCAGUACGCAAGCACACGCCGCGUCAGUUGCUGCUUUCGUGAUACAAUUUGAAAUUUUUAGUAAAAAGAUUAUUAAAGUAGUAGUUGGUGGUCUUAAUACAAUUAUUUAAAGUUAUAUUAGUUCUUAAAAAAAAAAAGACAUUUAAAAGAGUUAAAAACUAAAACUUGCACAAAAGUUGCAAACCUUAAACUUCAGCGUUGUUGCGAAAUUAAAAAAAAAUCCAAUAACUUUCUAACUUAAAGAGAGGAUUUUUUAAAUUUUUUUAUGGAAAACAAGCUUUUCCAAAAAAGUGGAAAUUUUUGUGGAACAAAAGUUUUAAAAAUUUUAUUUAAACUUCGCUGUGGCAUUUUUCAACAUCGCAUACUCACAUGUAUAUUAUAUAGUGUGUGUGUGUGCAUGUGUAUAUGGGCGACGUCUGUACCGCGGUUAGUCAGCAAAAGAGGAGGCGCUGUGCUAUUAGUGUGUUGUUCAUGUGAGUGGGUCGCCGACAAACGCCUGCAGGCUGCAGCCUUCAGCUUUCUUGCCUUUGCGAUUUUCUACCGCACUUCGGUUUCGCUAAAUCGCCGUUCGCGUUCGUGUAUAGUAUGUCACUUUUAAAUGUUUUCUACUUUGCGCUUGUACGAACUUGAGCAAAACGAUAUCGUCACUGAUUUACGCGACGUUCUGCGAGCUGAUUUUUCUCAGUGCAUUUUUAUAUAAUAAGUAUAAGUUCGUUGGUUCGACGACGUGUGCGUUUUUUUCUCGUCUUCUUCUUCUUCUGCUUGCUGUUGUUGCUUUGAUAAUAUGUGCAAAGUGCAAAAAAUCAACAGCAAGACGUUAUUGUUAUUAUAAUACAAAUACAGCAACAGACAACAACAAACCAAAAAAAAAACAAUUAAAGAAAAGCAAAAAAAUUAAAAAAAGGACGGAAGCAAGAGCAAAGUCGG